AUGCCCGUGAUUAGCCUCCUCUCGCCUCUCCGCGCGGCCUCCUCUCGCCUCUCCGCGCGGCCUCCUCUCGUCUCUCCGCGCGGCCUCCUCUCGCCUCUCCGCGCGGCCUCCUCUCACCUCUCCGCGCGGCCUCCUCUCGCCUCCCCGCGCCGUCUCCUCUCGCCUCCCCGCGCGGCCUCCUCUCGCCUCUCCGCGCGGCCUCCUCUCGCCUCCUCUCGCCACUCCGCGCGGCCUCCUCUCGCCUCUCCGCGCGGCCUCCUCUCGCCUCUCCGCGCGGCCUCCUCUCGCCUCCCCGCGCGGCCUCCUCUCGCCUCUCCGCGCGGCCUCCUCUCCCCUCCCUUUGCCCUCGCUACCCCCUCCCAUCGCCAUCGCUUCCCCCUCCCGUCGCCCUCGCUUCCCCCUCCCAUCGCCCUCGCUUCCCCCUCCCAUCGCCCUCGCUUCCCCCUCCCAUCGCCCUCGCUUCCCCCUCCCAUCGCCCUCGCUUCCCCCUCCCAUCGCCCUCGCUUCCCCCUCCCGUCGCCCUCGCUUCCCCCUCCCUUUGCCCUCGCUUCCCCCUCCCAUCGCCAUCGCUUCCCCCUCCCAUCGCCCUUGCUUCCCCCUCCCGUCGCCCUUGCUUCCCCCUCCCGUCGCCCUCGCUUCCCCCGCCCAUCGCUAGUCCACUUGCGCCAUCUGUCAGCGUGGGGCAGCAGCACCACCAACGCCUCCUCCUCUCACCUCCUUGCCUUCCUCUUCCCCCUCUCCCCCCCAAACCCCCACCCACUCUUCCCCUGCAGUUGCUGGUUCACUUGCGCCAUCUGUCAGUGUGGGGCAGCAGCAUCACCAACGCCUCUGCGCCGCUGCUCCCUUUUCCCCCACUCCCACCAUCCUCUUUCCACCCCCGCCUCUCCCCCUUCGCCUGCAGUCGCUCGUUCACUUGCGCCAUCUGUCAGUGUGGGGCAGCAGCAUCACCAACGCCUCUGCGCCGCUGCUCCCCUUCCCCCACUCCCACCAUCCUCUUUCCACCCCCGCCUCUCCCCCUUCCCCUGCAGUCGCUCGUUCACUUGCGCCAUCUGUCAGUGUGGGGCAGCAGCAUCACCAACGCCUCUGCGCCGCUGCUCCCUUUUCCCCCACUCCCACCAUCCUCUUUCCACCCCCGCCUCUCCCCCUUCCCCUGCAGUCGCUCGUUCACUUGCGCCAUCUGUCAGUGUGGGGCAGCAGCAUCACCAACGCCUCUGCGCCGCUGCUCCCUUUUCCCCCACUCCCACCAUCCUCUUUCCACCCCCGCCUCUCCCCCUUCGCCUGCAGUCGCUCGUUCACUUGCGCCAUCUGUCAGUGUGGGGCAGCAGCAUCACCAACGCCUCUGCGCCGCUGCUCCCUUUCCCCCACUCCCACCAUCCUCUUUCCACCCCCGCCUCUCCCCCUUCCCCUGCAGUCGCUCGUUCACUUGCACCAUCUGUCAGUGUGGGGCAGCAGCAUCACCAACGCCUCUGCGCCGCUGCUCCCUUUUCCCCCACUCCCACCAUCCUCUUUCCACCCCCGCCUCUCCCCCUUCGCCUGCAGUCGCUCGUUCACUUGCGCCAUCUGUCAGUGUGGGGCAGCAGCAUCACCAACGCCUCUGCGCCGCUGCUCCCUUUCCCCCACUCCCACCAUCCUCUUUCCACCCCCGCCUCUCCCCCUUCCCCUGCAGUCGCUCGUUCACUUGCGCCAUCUGUCAGUGUGGGGCAGCAGCAUCACCAGCGCCUCUGCCUCGCUGCUCCUCGCCUUCCCCCGCCUGCUCUCCGCCAACCUCGCCUGGACUGCCCUCUCCCACCUCCCCGCCCACCCCUCCCUCACCGCCCUCCACCUCUCCCACUGCCCCCUGCUUUCCAUUGGCUUCCCUCUCCCCUCCUCCUCAUCCUCUCCCUCCGCCUCCUCUCCUUCCUCCUCUCACUCCUCCUCCUCUUCCUCCUUCCCCCUCACUCAUCUGGUUCUCUCUGGUGCCUCAAUCGCUCCUCCCUCCUCCCUCUUCCCUCCUCACCUCCUCGCCUUCCUCACUCACCUCACCUCGACCCCUCUACUGCUGCUGUCCCUGACGCCCUUCUGUUACACCUCGCCCACUCCCUUCCCCACACGGUACGUUAG